AUGGGUAAAAAAACCGUGGACACGGCAGCGGAGAACAUUAAAGUUCUAGUGCGUUGCCGCCCUUUAAACGACAAGGAAAAAGAUAAUGGGCAUAAAGACUGCGUCGAGCUCGAUCUUACCGCGCACACGGUAUCCAUUAGAAGCAUAAGCGGCGAGCCCGAUCGCUGGACCUUUGAUGCAGUCAUUAACAACACUUUUAGCCAAAAAGACAUCUUUACGCAGUUCAUCAUGCCGCUGGUGGAUUCUGUGUUGGAUGGCUUCAACGCGACGGUUUUCGCCUACGGCCAGUCCGGAUCGGGCAAAACCCACACGAUGACGGGCGCCCUCAACGAGGACGGUAUGGAGGGGAUCAUCCCACGCUCAGUCAAGCAUAUCUUCCAGAGCAUGAAAGACGUCCUGGCGAAUGUAAGCACGAAGUCCUAUAGCAUCCACGCCUGCUUUGUCGAGAUCUACAACGGCAAGGUGCGCGACCUCCUCUCCAAGCAGCAGCUCACGCUGGAUGUCCGGGAGAACAAGGAUCACACCUUCUUUGUCCAAGGCGCGAACGUCCCGGAGGUGCGGCUGCCGGAGGAUGUAAUUCGGCUGAUGGAUGAAGGGACGGAGCGCCGGCGGACGGGGUCGACCGAGCUGAACGCCGACAGCUCCCGCUCGCAUUCGAUUUUCACCCUCGUUCUCGCCUGCACGGAGACCCUCGAGGACGGCCUGACGACGUCGGUGACGAGUAAGUUAAACCUCGUGGACCUCGCGGGGUCGGAGCGGCAGGGAAAGACCGGGGCCACGGGGGAUACGUUAAAAGAAGGCUGUAAUAUCAACCUCUCCUUGAGCGCGCUCGGGACGGUGAUCGAUACGAUCGUCAAGGGCGGCUCCCACAUUCCAUUUCGCAGUACCCCGCUUACGAUGCUCUUGAAAGACUCGCUCGGGGGGAAUAGCAAGACGGUGAUGUUUGCGAACAUCAACCCGAGCGAGCGGAACCUCUCCGAGACCGUCUCCACCCUCCGCUUUGCCGAUCGCGCCAAGCAAAUCAAGAAUAAACCGGUGGUGAAUAUGGACUCCAAAGAUCAGAAGAUCGCCGAGCUCUCGCAGUUUGUGAACGAGCUGCGGGAUCGGCUGAAAAAAUACGAAACCCACGGCACGCGUGAGCUGGAGGAGGAGGUAGUUCGACUGCAGGAGCGCAUUGGGGAGCUGAAUGUGGAGCUCGAAAACGUCCGGAAUGGGCGAGAGGCGGAUGAUUUAGACUUCCGCAGCGCCCAAACGAAGCUCGAGGCGGAGCGGCGGGAUUACGACGCGCGAAUCGCCAAACUAAUGGAGCAGAUCGAGCAGCUGCGGAAUGAGCUGAUGAUUGCCGAGACGAGCCUAAACAGUGAGCUAUCGCAGCGGGAGGAGAUCUUUCAGCUUUGCACGAAAUACCUGAUUGGUCGUAAAAAGGACGAGGACUACGGCAUUUCGAAGAUCACCAACACCAAGGAACUCACCAUGGUGCUCAAAAAGCACGCCCACCGACCCACGACCAGCGCCGAGAUGUCGAAAUUGCAGACCGAGCUCCAAACCCUCACCGUCGCGAACGCGAGCCUAAAACAGGAGUUGGCGAGCCUGCAGAAGGAGCUGGAGGUGCGGAUUCGAGACAAGGAGCGGGCGGGGUGGGAGGCCCCAACGCGGGAGACCUCCCCCUCACCCCCCCCGAUGGGUGGCCUGCACUCCGUCGUGAUUAACGAGGACGAGCAGAAAUCGCUCAUCGCCGCCGUGAAGGAGGCGCAGCUGCAGAUCGAGAACUGCCUGCCCCUGCAGCAGAUCGACGAGCAGUUCCGCGCGCUGAGUGCGCUGGGCGGGGCCUUCACCGACGACUCCGGGAAGGAGAUGAACCCCUACAAGCAGUCCCUGCUGGCCAAGACCUGGGAGGGCGACCACGCCCCGGAGUUCCACUUCAGCAUCAUCCGCUCGCUUUACCAGCUGCUGACGGUGAUGCGGGUGGGCUGGCGGCGGGCCCACUCGGUGCCGAUGACGAUGUUGUUGAAGGGCGAUCGCGGCGCCGCCCAGGCCGCCAUGAACGCCAUGCACGCCAACGACGCCCGGACGUCGGAAACGCACGCGGCGGUGGUGUGGCGGCUCACGGAGGAGAUCUCCCGGGCCUAUGGGCGGCGAAACGCCCUGCUCGAGCACGUCGCGAGCGCGAAUGAGGGGCUCACCUCGGGGGAGUUCCGCGCCGAACUGCAGGCCAUCAUCGCGGAGAACCGCGAGCUUCAGGAGAAGUACGGCGCGCUCGAGUUGGAGCAGGCGAGGCGGCUGGCGGAGGGCGGCGAGGGAGGGUCCCCGCUCGCCCGACGGGGGCCGAUGUGGACGGCCCCCGGCAACGCCGAGGUGCUGGACGAGGUCGACGAGGCCACCGCGGAUCACCACCCCGGGCGAAUCGACCUCGCCCGGGUGAUCGAGCGUCGCGGCGGCGGUGGGGGGAGCAGCGGCAGCGAACUCGCGGCCCAGCGCGGCCGAAUCGCGGCCCUGACGGAGACCCGCGAUGAACUUUAUCGCGAGCUCGCCACCCAGCGCCAGGCCACCACCGCCGCGGCGAAAGAGGCGGCCAGGCUCCAGGGCGAACUCCGCGAGCGCGAGGAGGACUUCCAACGACAGAUCGCCGAGGCCCAGGGCGGGGCGAACGAGACCGCCCACCUCACCGCGCGGCUGGAGGAGCGCAAUGGCGAACUCGCCCAGCUGCGCUCGGUGCUCGAGAUCCAAAAAGGCAUCAUCCUGCGCAAUAACGAAAAGGUGGACGCGCUGAAUGAGGAGCUGCGAUCUGCAAAGGCUGCCGCCGCGAAUGCGGACGAGGAGCACCGCCGACUCUGCGAGGCGAAGGACGCGAAUAUCCAACAGCUCAUCAACGAACGCGUGACGACCUACAUGGAGGACCGCAUCAAGGACGAUAAAAUACGAAACAAAUCAGUCAAGAAGGUGAAGCGAAAGAUGACGAAGCUGCAGGAUUGGAUCACCGAGCUCGAGGGGAUGUAUGAUAAGAAGAUGUGCGAGUGUGAGGAACUCCGCCAGACGCUUGGCGAUCAAAAGUUCGAGCAACUCAAGCUGGUUCGCCAGCUCAACGACAACGACACCGAGGAUAUCGAAAUUCAUGGCCAUCGGGAUCAAAUACAAAACACGUUGGAGCGCGUAAAAGAAGAGCGCCGUCGCCGCGUCGAUUUAUUCGACCUCGGCGAAUUCCCAAGCGCGAAAGCGACAGCGAGCCAGGCGGGAUUUUGUAGUAGCACUAGCGACUAG